CUGUAUAUUGUAUAUUGCCAACCAAAUGAGUAACAUGGAGAAUGCAAGCAGCGUAAAGGAAUUCAUUCUUCUUGGACUCUCAGAAAAUCAAGUAAUUCAGAAAAUGUUUGUUAUGUUUUUAUUCUUCUAUAUGAUUAUCAUGUCAGGAAAUCUGCUCAUUGUUUUCACUGUAAUGAGCAGUCAACAUCUGAAAUCACCCAUGUAUUUCUUCCUUUCCUACCUAUCCUUUGUAGAUAUCUGUUAUUCUUCUGUCACAGCUCCCAAAAUGAUUGCUGACUUCCUCAUUGAAAAUAAAACCAUCUCGUUCGUGGGUUGUAUAGCACAGCUGUUCGGGGUACAUUUCUUUGGCUGCACCGAGAUCUUCAUCCUCACAGUGAUGGCCUAUGAUCGUUAUACUGCCAUCUGCAGACCUCUCCACUACACCACUCUCAUGACCAGGCGUGCUUGUGACUGGAUGUUGAUCUGCUCUUGGGUGGGAGGCUUUGUGCAUUCCAUGGUGCAAACGCUCCUAACCUCUUUUCUCCCCUUUUGCGGCCCCAACAAAAUUGACCACUUCUUCUGUGAUGUCCACCCCCUACUACAACUGGCUUGUACUGACACCUAUGCUGUGGGCAUCAUUGUUGUUGCCAACAGCGGAAUGAUAGCUCUGAGCUGUUUCUUCAUCCUGGUCGUGUCCUACGUUGUCAUCCUGGUUUCCUUGAAAAGACAAACAUCUGAAGGGCGACACAAGGCCCUCUCUACUUGUGGAUCCCACAUCACUGUAGUGAUUCUGUUCUUCGGGCCAUGCACAUUCUCCUACAUACGCCCAUCCAGCAAUCUGUCAGAGGACAAGAGUGUGGCAGUGUUUUACACUAUCAUCACGCCCAUACUGAACCCGCUCAUCUAUACACUGAGAAAUGAGGAAGUGAAGAGUGCCAUAAAAAAACUGUGGAGUAAAGAAGCAGGACAUGAAAAGGGAGAGCUGUAGAACAACAGUAACUUUUCAAAAGUGUCAGAGAUCAAGUAUUGUUCAUGAUAGUUCUUCUUCUGAAAAUUUACCAAGAACUCCCUCUGAAAGACAAGCUGUCUUUUAGCUCCUAUUGUAAUUAGGAAGAUCUGAAGGUGUGUCUUCUGAUCUGAAGAACAAUAUAAACUGUAACAAGAAAGGAUCCCUUUUCAAUUCUCUUUGACUGUCACAGACCCAGGCCUAGGGUUUCUGAGCACUACCAAAACACUAGCAAAUAAAUAAAUACUAUGAAAAGUAUCAAAAAUGUCAUCUAGACCAUUACUCGGAGUUCUCCCAUAUGUAAACUUUCAGAUAAACUUCAUCUGCUUU